GGGAGGGGGGGCUUUUCUCCUGGCCCGCUGCAACCUAAUGGAAGGAAAGGAAAACGCUGUCCUCAUUCCUAACGGCCCUCAGGAAACGCUUAGAAAGAAGCGCUCUAGAUCCCACCCCUUUCUUCGGCGCCACGCCGGAUUGGUCAGUCCGCGAAAGAGGGUGUGUCGCGGCCGCCAAUUGGUCAGAAGUAUCGUCUAUUGUUUUGUCGGGGGUCUCGCGCUCAAAUCCUUUUUCCUUUCAAACCUCUUAGUCCUCCCCCUCCCUCUCCGUUCUGGUACUCCGAGGGUUUGGAAGGAGCGGGUGAGACCCGGAAGAAAGACCGGGACUACGGGGAGGGAAGUAGAAGUGCGCUUGCGCACGCGGUGUUCUCGGGACUUCACACUCUCGGUUCGCGAGGAAACGAGGAAAGGGCCGGGCAUGGGGCGAACCCGAGGUGAACAUUUAUCAGUACUGGGCAACCAAAUAGUUUCACAGAUAAAACAUCCAUGUGAAAUAAAGAGAAGUGGUCAUAACAGAGAGGAAACAGAGUUUCUAGUUUUGCAUAAAAGAAGACGGAUUGCCUCUUCAUUGGAAAAUAAUACAAUGAAUGCUCAGGAACCUGAUUAUGAAGACAGGGGAAGUAUUGUAUAUGAAUAUGAACCAGAUUAUGAAUGUGGUAGUAUUACAUCUGAAGCAUCCUACACAGGAAAUUAUCAGAAAACACUUAUGGAAGUCCUUAACUAUUGCCAGGCAAUGUAUGAUGCAAUCCAGAAACUAGAUAAGAAGUUUGACCUACUUCAUGGAAAGGUUUCAGAAAUGCAGCAUACUAGGAUGAAACCCUUGCUUCUCAAACCUAGACCAAUUGGUUUUACAUAUAGAAGUUCUAAUCAUGUACCUGUUGGAAAAAUUCGUGUACAAAAACCGGUGGAAAGGAAAUCUAGCAUUCAGAUCUCUCUCUCUGGACAGGAAGGUCAUAGCCCAUCUUUAGCAGUGGUGCUACCACAAAACCAUGCUCAAACCAACUCUGUGGGAAAGUCUCUUCAGACACCACUUAAAAUUGAAUCUCAGCAACAAGAUCUCAGACAGAGUCCACCUCUUCCUACGAUUGUCUCAACACGUUCAUUGUAUCAACCAUUUACAGGAAUAGUCAACAAAAUACCUGACCUUUCUUUGCAAAACAAGUUGGUCAACACAGUUGUUGAAAAUACUAUCCCAGCUGCAAAAAGUUCUCCAGUAAUAACUACAAUGACACCCACAAAACCUGAAGACUGUUUGGGAAGGAAUACUAUUAUGACAGGUUACCCAUUUUCACAGGAAAGUACAAUACUUAGUCAAGAAUUACAUCCAUCUUCUAUCUGCAUCAAUCCUAGUUUUGAGUAUAUUGGUGAUCCAAAGAGAAAUGUAAAGGUUCUUGGGACAUAUUUGAUGAAAGCUCGUCAGAAGACCAAACCCAAGUAUGCAGCACGCUACUUGGUUCGAGUUUUGUUCCCCAAGGAAACGCUGUUGUGUAGUAUUAUGGGUGUCAGUACACGAGGUCGAAGAAUUCUGGAUCCCAAUAAAGUUGCUGCAAUAAGAGAAUUUCUUGCAACACAUUUUCCAAACUAUGAUCUGAGUGAAUAUGGAAGAGACUGGAAAACCUGCAUUACCAAUGUAAAUGCUAUGAUUCGCUGUCUAUGCCGUGAAGCCAAAAUAAGGCCUGAGAAAAGUGAAAACAAAGAUAUACUUCCAGUCACCUCAGAGCAAUCUGUGUGUAUAGACAUGAAUUAUAAUGAUAAAGGUGGAGAAGUCAGUUCUCAGGUAUCUCAGAAAGUGCCUGCCUUAGGAAGAAAUGGAAUACAAAGUUCAUUAUGGGACAGUAAUUCGUCACCUGAAGUGCCUCAAGUUUCUUCCUCUAAGAAACUGCCAUCCUUAGAACCAAUGCAACUUCUUGGUUACCCAUGGAGAAAUGUACAGUUGCCUUUUUCAGUUAUCUAUGUGGCCAAGGGAAAGUCUCGUCCAGAGCUUUCAGCUCGAUACCUUAUUCGUCAUCUCUUUACAGAGGAAGUACUGGUAAAAAGCAAUGUAUAUGGCAGCCUGGAACGUGGCAUGUGUCCACUUGAUUGUAAUCGGAUUCAUGCUCUCAGAGACUUUCUUCAGGAGAACUAUCCAUCUUAUGACCUUACAGAAACUGGAUAUGAUUGGAAAGCAUGUGUGGCUGCCAUCAAUAGUACAAUUCGAAGUCUUCGACAUGACCAUAAGAAGGCCACAAGAGGAUUCCAUGGGAAAACAUAAACGAAUGAGAAAAAUGCUUCAUAAAACCCUUCUGGAGUAAAACCACAUGAGAUAACCAUUAUCAUAAUGGAUCAUUGUUUCAGCCUUCCUACAUGUUUCCUUAUGUAUGUCUCUCAAGUUCUGAUUUUUGAAAUGUGUUGGUGCAUUGGCAAUGCAGAAUCAUAGAAAAUAAUAGUCAAACCGAUUCUUUGUUAGUAUAAGUCAUAUCGUAAAAGUGAAACAUUGGACAUUCCACAGGCUAUAUAAAAUGGUUUGCUUAACUUCUUUUAAUUCAGGUAGUUUUUAAUGUCAUGAAAGGAAUGAAAUGCUACUUCCAAAGAAGAGUAACUAAAAUGAAGGUGCAGAAACUCUAUGGAACCAUAGUUGGAGAAGUAUGCCAUAUUUAUGAUAGAUAACCAAGUAUAUAUUUCAAAAUUAAUGUCUAAUUCUUGAAAAGAGUUACAAAGUUUGUAUAGAGCUAAAAUUCCCUUUAAGCUUCUUGAAAUAUAAAUUUACAAGCAGUGAUCAUAUUCUUUUCCUGGAUUCAUCACAGCAUCUAGUUCAUUAAACCCUAGGACCUUCAUUGUUGCCAGUCAAUUAUUUUCUUUACUAGUACUAGAAUGAACAGGAAGAAAAACAAUUUUGGUAGUUAUUUUAGUAAUUUGAAUAAUUUGAUUUUUCAAGAAAAAAAUUUCAUGAAGAAUGAAAAGUAACUAAAUUUAGACUUCUCUAUCAAGAGUGAUUUCUAAAAUGCUUAUAUAAACUUGAGUUACAUUUUCUAUAUUGCCUCUACAACACUAUUUAAGUAUAUACAUUUUAAAUUAAUAUAUACAAGUUUUAAGAAAUGUAAAUGGAAAGGGUUUUUUUUAACCAGAAAUUCUUUUAAGAAAAGGUUGAUUUUAAAGUAUCUAUUUAGAAUUAUUAGUGGAUUUUUCACCUCACUAAAAGUAAAAUCACUACUUUGAGUGUAAAUUAAGAUUUUAUUUCUAACUGAAUAAAAUAAUUUAUUUUCAAGAAAUUAUUUGAAAGCAUAAUGUCAAUCAUUAAAUCUUUAUAACUUGGUAUUUAUAUCUGUGAAACAUUUCUGUUGAAUGUUAAGUCUCAAUUAAUUUCAAUUACAACAAUGCCAUUCACUUCAUCUACCAGUUGGAAUUUAGCAAAGCUAAUUUUUAUAAUAGUUUCAAAUAUUCUUCAGAAAUGUCUAAUUUGCCUCUUAGCAGCUUCUUAGCUUUUGAUUAUAUUCAUUUGUUUAAGAUGUGAUCUAUAACUUUAACUUAAUUUAAGUAAAAUUAAAUUUAGUUUUCAGAUGUAUGAACUAAAAAUGUAGUUUUGAAUGUGUGAGAGAAUUAGAACAUUUAUUUGUAAAUCAAAUCAAAUCAAAUAAUUAUGAUAAAAAUGGAUACUUUUUAUGUGAGAGCUAUAGAAUAGAGAAAUUUUUAUUUUUUGAAAAAUGAAAUUCAGAGUAUUUUAGAAGUAAUAAGAUAUAUUUUAGACUUUUUUAAAAGGACAAAAUUAAGAGAUUCAGGUAUUGAAGAUGCUUUUUUACUAAUAUGUUAAAUAGGGUUAAUUUGGCACAGGCAAAAAAAUUGGAAAACAAAAACUCUACCAAAGAGGAAGAUGUGAAACUUGUGAAUGAACUAAAGUAGCUCCCAGUAAAUUCAUUGGAUUUGUUGUUCAGCCACUAUAAAAAGGUUAAAAGUACAUUUUGAACACGCAUAAAGUUCAAAGUCGACAUGAGGUGAACAACAUAAAUUAUAUUAAAGUCAGUUUUUCACCUGUUUAUGUACCUUCUAACAUAGUUUGAGUUGAAGGUAGAGACAAAAAAAGAAUCCCAAACUUUUUCAGUCAGAAAAUAUCUCAAAAGAUGUCUUUCUUUGAAUCCUAACUGUAGAGAUCAUUUGUACCAUUUUUCAGAGCACCUUUCAGUUCAAAAUAAUGCCCAAGACUUGAAUUAAAAUGAAUCUGUUAUCUUGAAAAAUGCUUAUUUGAUUAGUAUAUAAGAUAUAAAUAUUAUGAAUGUUUUUGAACUUUGUUUUAGACUUUUUCCUUUUUUUUUUUAACAUUUCAUCCAAUUAUUAAUUUUUCAUAGUCAGCCUUAAGCAUGUCUAUAAAAAGUUCCAGUGCAAAUGACAGCCUAAAAUGCUUUUUCAGAGGAUUUAUUUUUAUAAAUAGAAAAAUUAAUUUUUUCCACUUAUUUCUCAAAUAUAUCAAUUUCACAAAUUAUUGAAAUAGCAUUUAAAAAUAUAUGUAUAUAUUGCUUAUACUCAUAGCUUUAUUACAUAUAAAUUAUGUUUUUAAUGAAAACUGACUUUUUUACAAUGUCCAUAUACCAUUCCUUUCUUGUUAACUAAUUCUGUAUCUUUUUUUAGUGGAUUAUAUAAAUGUCUUAAUAUUUAGCUAUAUCUAUCUUCAUAAAUGACAAAGAAAAUAGAAUAAUAAAGACAACAGUACUAAUCUCAUGGUUUCUAGAAUUGCAAGAAUUUUGACAACUUUUUAAAAAGCAUUUUUAUCUUAGGCAAAAUAUUUUUAGCAUUAAUAUAUUUUUGGAUCUCAGAUAUAUGUGUAUAUGUAUAUACAUACAUAUGGCAAGAAUUUUUUUUUCAGAUAAGAAAGUCUCUGAUCUGUAAGCAGCUUGAUUUAUGUUUAUUUUCAUACUUUUUAUUUCACAAUGCAGAAAUAAUUCAUUGUCUAGUUCAGCCUCAGAAAAUUUCUUGUCUUGCCAAGGUUGAAAUGUGGCAAGUGCCUGUUCAAAAUAACAUGUUCUAGAAAUGUAAUGUCUUGGCCUAACGAUUCUAAUGAUAUCGAUAUGCUAUCUUUUUUUUUUCAUUGUGUAAGAUUUAUUUGUUGUCAACAAUAAAUUGUUGUCAAGAAGCUACCACUGUUAUUGCUCUAAUAUUUUUUGCUACUGUUAACAUGCUUGUAACAUUUUUACUUUUGAUUAUGUUUCAACAUCAUGUCAAAUCUUUAAUAAAUUGUGAGUUCUUUGAAAAUGGA